AUGGCUGGAACAAUCAGCAGAAUCACGGCGGCUCUGGCAAGUGUUCAUAAUGAGAACGCUGUGUCACUUGCAAAUCUCAAUUUCGAUUUCACCCUUGUUAAGCUGGAAGCUCCUCGCGAGUACAAUGCUCUUGGAGAGACUAUUUCACGAACGAGGAAAGUCGACGCCGAGGAGGGUGCAUUGCACAAAACAGCUAGAAAGUUGGGUGCUCUAUUCAAAGAGACGCUACCACCAGCAGAGGAGCUGUUCAAAGCAUACGGUACUAGGGCUUCGGAAAUAUCAGCGAUGCCCUCUAUUAAUCCUCGAGGGAAGGAAGGGAUCUUUGCAAGUCACGUUGGUGCAGAUACAGCCAGUAUCUGGGCCGCUGCAACAUCUGGAAGCUCGGCCAUUUCAGCGCACCUCCUCGGUUGUAUGCUCGCGAGAAUGUUUACGGGCCCUGAAGCCAUCUCUGUGUGGGUAGAGAUUGUCCAGAAGCAAAAGGAAUGCAUAAGUAUCAGACAAGGAGAAAGAUUGUACUCUGAGGAACAUCAGGCAGAUUGCAUGGCAGUUCUUCAGGAGAUUUCCCGAGCAGAACUUGCAAGUUGGGAUGCUAGCGCCCGAGCAUGGCUCCAAAGUGCUGAUGAGGCCAAGCCCCGGCAGCAAAAGCAAACAAUGCUGAUUCUUGACAAUGCCAGCAUUCCGGUGAACAAUGAACCUGAUACUUACACUAGUGUUAUGAAGGCCUGGACGGCCGCAUUGGAGGCUAUGAAUAAUCUAGCCAGAGGCAUGCCACAAACAGUACAGGACGGAGCUGCACUACUUGCCAUAUCUUCCUGGCAUUUGUACCCUGACAUGGCUGUUUAUGGCGGCCCUGUUGUCCAAGUAAAGCAGAAGGAUCCCAUAUUCCAAACAUCUGCUCUACUUACCCUUGGGCUUCAGCACCUCCGAGACGAUAAAAAAAGUGUUUACUGGUCACUUCCUCUGGCUUGUCUGCAGCAUUAUGGUUAUCCAAUACGCACUUCCCGUUCUGCAGGUUCAGAGACUGCUCGAAUAACAUAUCAGCAAUUUGCAUAUAUUAUCAUUGGUUGUCUCUUCGUGGGUUGGAAGGAGUUUGCCUUGACCAAUGAGGAAGGUUUACAAUGGCUGCAACGCCUGGGAUGCAUUCUGCAGCUUCCCAAGGGCAGACUUUUGCCACGAAAUCCCUUGGACCCGAAUCACCCAACGUGGCUACAUUACAUCCUCAACGCCGCUCAUGAGCUUGACGAUUGCGAAGAUUCCGAAAAGAAAGCAGCACUUCAAUUGAUGAAUCUUGGUCGAAGGAGAUCAACGUUUCUCUAUGCAAAUUCUCGGAUGCCCCCACCUCUAUUUGGUCUCUCCAGCGUUCCUGUUUUGCUCUCUGUCCUCAAGAUUCCCCAAAGAAUUCAACUACUACGAGAAUGCUGUACUAAUCUCAAGUUGAAUGGAACUGAAUUGAAUGGAGAUCAGAUCGUGAUAGGAUACUCAACUUCUGAAGAGGAGGACGACAAAAUUGGAGUUGACUAUGCUAGUGUUUUCCCUAUUCCCCGGCCAAGCUCGAAGCGGAUGCGUGAUGGUAGUGCGAAAUAUCCUAAACCGCCCGAUUCAAGGCACAGACGUUGGAUUACACUCAGUCAUGCUCAAGUGGAAAUAUGCUACCGGCGAAGAGAAGACUUCAUUGACAUUCCUAGAACUCUAGUAUUGUUAAAAAGGUACAAAGAAGCCGAGAAGUUCUACUCCCAAGAGCGCAGUGACAGCCCCCAGGAGGCUUUUACUCAGCUGCCUACCCGUGAAAGACAACACAGACUAGACGAAAUAACAGAACUUAGUACAGUAGUUCUAAUUGCACAACGACGGAAACUCAUUGAAGACCUUGGGGAGGACUGCCUUCCGGUGAUGGACUGGUAUACUCACUCUGGGUCCAGCUAUUGUGAUACGGCUCUCAUCUUCAGCCUCGAACGGGAAUUCUUGGAUGCCUGUGGUGACAUCUUGGAUGCCUGUGGUGACAUCUUGGUAAGAUGUGAAGCAGCUCUCCGAAAUCCAACUGCAGAUUUCGGGACUUUUUAUGCGGGCGAUCGCAAAACUGCGGCGCUAUACUCAAUGGUUCCUUUUGAAAACAGCGAAGAAAUAAUACUUUCCUUGUACACCCAUCUCACACCAAGUCUCAAAUGUCUGGAAAGCUUCUUCUCGACUGAGAAUUUCAAUAUGAAGAAUCUCUACGACCAGAUCAGUAACCAACCCUCAUGUGAGGCUCGGGAAGAACUCAGAUGUCUACAGGCAUGUGCUAUGAUGGCUGAUAUCUAUAAGCUGUUACCAGGUGCAACAAUCUCGACAUUAAUCGUUGGUCAAAGUAUGCGAGACGCUAAGUGGAUUCCAAGACCAAUCCGCCAGGUCUCCCAGGUCUCCUUUACAGUUCAGUCAAGAGUGAUAUUGCCUAGUCAUCUCCGUUUGCCUCAAGCUUUUGCAUGCGUAGCCAUGUUUGAGUCGGGAACGUGCAAUAUUGAUCCAAGCUAUUUAUCAGAGGCCUUCGCUAUGUCGUCCGGAAACUCACUCUAUGUUGCUGCUGCGCUACUAUGCGACCCAUAUGACGAGCCUCAAGCUACUGAAUUGAGAAGAGUUGUAGGCAACAUUGGAAGAUCUGGGAUCACAUUUCUCAUAUCUCCACCUGAGCUCAAAACGAGAGGGCCUGAUCCCGAGAAAUGGAUGUCAAUUAAUCAUCGAGCCUUUGAUGGCAAUUUAGAAGAUCACUUCCGGGAGACUUCCAUGCACCUCUCGUUUACUCAGUACGAGAUUCCUCUUCUUACAGAGAGCAACCCUCACCACAUUAUUGACCGCUCUGCUGUUCUCUUGGAGAGUCUAAUUUCCGUAUUCGAAGGGGGAACAUGGGUGGCGGAGGUGGAUGUUUUGAAGGCUGUCAGAAACUGUUCCGUCCGAACUAAUAAAUGGGGCCAAGGUCAGCGCCACCACCACAGCAACGACACUACUGUUCCUAAUCCUCUGUUUGCCACAUAUUCGGAGGCUUUAAACACUCAUCCUAAGCUUGCAGCGACCAGCGUUGAGAACUGGGAUGAACUCAUCGAAGCGCCCAGCACAGGCCUCAUAGCUAUUCGAGGUGCGUAA